CUACCACCAGGGAAUUCUGUCAAACGAGGUUUAGACAGAUAAAAAGAAACCACGUAGCUUUGUGGCUUUUGUGAAAUUUGAAUUCACACAUACGUAUAAAUUUUUUGUAAUUACUUUUCCCUAAAUAAAAAUACACUUAAUAUUUGUAAAAUAGGUAUUUGAAAGAUAAUUAAUUUGGGCCUCAAUGACGUGGGAAAAAAAGAAAACAAAAUUUUUAUGAAAUCAUUCACCGUCAUAGAAAAAAAUUUCAAUCUUGAUGGAUUUAUAUCAAACUAAUCUGAUCAUCUAUGCUCUUUUGAUAAUUUUUUUUGCCAUUAUUAAACUCCUUCAAUUUGAUAUAUUUGCAUUUGACUAUGAAAAAAUUCUGAAGAAUAUAUAUAUGAUCUGGUCAAAUAUAUCGUCACAUCAUCUUUCCUAUAUCCUCUCCAAUCGAUGAAAAAUGAAAGAAUGAAUAUUUUCAUCCAAUUUGUUCAAACUUGACAAAAUUUAGUGAAUAAUAUUAUAUUUUUCUAGAAUUAAAUUUUUAUACCCUUGUAACUAUCUUUAAAAUAAUAUAAACAGUAUAGUAAUGCUUCUCUCUUCAUGAUGAGCAUGAAAUAAUAAGCUCUACGUAAAUAAUUGUCAAGUCUCUGCUAGGGAAACUUUAAUUACUAAAAAUUAGCAAAAAAGUUGCAAUUAAUUAUCGGUUUAAAAUUGCAGAAGGAAAGGUUUUUCUAUUUUAGGAAGUUGUUGAAUGUUACAUAAAAUAAAAUUAAAAGGGUGCAACUAAUUAAGUUUGCUUGCAACUUAUUAGUGGUCAAUUAAUAGAACGUAACGUAAUAUUAUAGAAUAAAGUGUAUUAGUAAUACUGAAAUUAUUUUUUAGUCGGAGUUUGAUUUGGUGUAUUAAGAAUAAUUUUAUCUUUAAUCAUUUUUAUUCAUUUAUGAAUUAUUCUUGUAUUUAUGAAUUAUUUGGUAGCUGAAUAGAAUAUGUAGAUAUUAGUAAUAUAUGAAUUAGUUUCGAUCAAUUUUUUUAUAUUAGUUUAUGCCGUGAUCAGAGGAUUUAGUUAUUUAUGUAUUAAUUAUUUUAGUUUUUACCCUAUAUCAAAUUAUACAUAAAUUCUCUAAUAACUUAUACAUGUAUUGAUUAUUCAGAUUUCUAAAUUGUAUAUCAAAAACUAUAUUAAUAUUAUACAUAUAUAAUCCUAACCAAUUAUCAAACAUGAUAUUACUUAUGCAGAAUCUAAUACUCGUAUAAUAUUUCUCCUAACUACUAUGUUAAAAAAUACUACCUCACAAAUACUCCUUUUAUUUCGUAUAUGCGAUUUUGUGAGGUAAUACAGAAUUAAGAAAAAAUAUUCAAACAAUAAUUUGAAUCAUAUUUUUCAUUAUCCCAAAUCAAACACCAUAUUAAUUUUACAGACAAUUUUAAGCACUUAUCAAAUAUAAUAUUACACAUACAUAAUAUAUUUCCUAACCAAUAAUCAAACGAUCCCUAAUUGUACUUUAGUUAAAAUUACAACCAAACAAAUAAAUAUAGUAAUUUGUCUAAAGAUAAAACCAUAAAACAAGAAUUUCUUAAAUAUACGUGGCAUUAUUACCAAUCUAAUUUAUUUAUUUUUUUGUGCUUCUUUCAAUUAUUUAUAUGAUACAUGACAAUAUUAACAAUCCCUAAAUUCAUGGAGAGAAAUAAAAUUGAGAAAUUUUCGUUUAGUUUUUAACAAAUUCAUGCUAAAUUUUCUUUGCGUCUAUUACUCCAUUUAUUUAGUUAAAAACUCAAACUAAUCAGCGUAACAACUGCUAAAAUAAAAUACUCAUAACUCUGUUUUGCUCUGUUUUAUUCUGUAUUGCUCUGUUUUACUCUGUAUUGCUCUGUUUUGAUCUUCAUCAAUUCAAUGGAAUUGAUCAAGAUUCAAUCUUUUUCAUUUCUAUUCACAAUCUUGAUUCUUUCAUCAUCUUCAUUGCCUCACCGUCAUCGUCACAAUCGUCGUCAUCAUCGUAGAAACUCACAGCUUAUUCCGACUAUAUUUCAUCCACCUUUUAUACCAUCAAAUGUAAAUGGUGAAUGGGUACUUCUACAUGAAUCAAUUGGUGUCUCCGCAAUGCAUAUGCAGCUUCUCUACAACAACAAAGUGAUCAUUUUCGAUAGAACGGAUUUCGGAGCUUCUAAUCUCUCACUUCCACAAGGAAAAUGUCGUUUCGAUGAUGAAGUUCUUGAUGUUGAUUGCUCUGCUCAUUCUGUUCUUUAUGACAUUUUAUCAAACACUUACCGUCCACUCAUGGUUCAAACUGAUGUUUGGUGUUCCUCUGGUGCACUCAACUCCGAUGGUACAUUAAUUCAAACCGGUGGAUAUCAUACCGGGGAUCGUAAAAUCCGGCUGUUUUCGCCGUGUGAUGGUGAUGUUGAUUGUGAUUGGACUGAAUUACCGCAAAAUUUAACGGUUCAGAGAUGGUAUGCUUCUGAUCAUAUACUCCCUGAUGGACGUGUAAUCAUUGUUGGUGGAAGAAAAGCUUUCAGCUAUGAAUUUUUCCCCAAAACAAUGGACGAAAAUGGUGGGGUUUUUCAGCUUCCAUUCUUAGUGGAAACUACAGACCCAAUUGAAGAAAACAAUCUUUACCCAUUCUUGUACAUUUUACCCAACGGAAAUCUCUACAUAUUCUCAAAUCAACGAUCAAUUGAACUAGAUUAUGUUAAUCACAAUGUUCUCAGGGAAUUCCCCAUGAUUCCCGGCGAGAAACGGAGUUAUCCGGCAACUGGGUCUUCGGUAAUGCUUCCGUUACGUUUACUUCAGGGUCAGGAACCGGUGGUGGAGGUGAUGAUCUGCGGCGGCGCGUGGGGUGGCGCGUAUGUUAAGGCAUUGGAAGGGGAGUUUUGGCGGGGUUCAAGUUCAUGUGGGCGAAUGAGAAUAACGGAUCCGGAUCCGAAAUGGGUCAUGGAGGAAAUGCCUUCGGGUCGGGUCAUGCCGGAUAUGUUGUUGUUACCUACAGGAAAUGUGCUUAUACUAAACGGGGCGGCGAAUGGAGCAGCCGGGUGGGAGAACGCGAUUGACCCGGUAUUAAACCCGGUUCUUUACCGACCCGAUGAACCCGACCCGAGGAGAAGAUUCACUGUGCUCAACCCUACUAAAAUUGCAAGAAUGUACCAUUCAUCAGCAAUUUUACUGCCAGAUGGGAGGAUAUUAGUGGGUGGUAGUAAUCCGCAUUCAACGUACAACUUUACGGGCGUAAAGUACCCGACAGAAUUAAGCUUAGAGGCGUUUUCACCACCUUAUUUGGCUACACAAUACGCGCAUCUAAGACCUUUAAACCAAGCCGUUGAUGUGGGGCAAGUUAUAUCGUACGGUCAACAGUUCUCGAUCACGUUCACUCUACCGUUCCCGCAGCCCGAUGCAGAGUUCAUGGUGAGCAUGAUUCCACCUUCAUUUACUACACACUCAUUUGGGAUGAAUCAAAGGUUGUUGUUUUUGGAAAUUGUGAGAGUAGAAAGGUUUUUUAUGUUUGGUUAUAGAGUUAUAGUGUUUGCACCUCCAACAAGGAAUAUUGCACCUCCAGGAUAUUAUAUGGUAUUUGUAGUUCAUCAAGGUGUUCCUAGUCAUAGUGUUUGGGUGAAAAUACAGUGACCAUUAUAGCAAUUUUUUACUAUAUUGUUUUUGAAUUUA